AGAAGUGGGCAGUUCUUUGAGUCUGGGUAGCUGGGGACAAAGAAAGAUCGGCCAUCCCCUGAGAAGGUACUGAAGACGGCUGUCUGGAUCUGAGAAGAUAACAGCUUAUGAUGGAGCCCUCGCCUCUUGAGCUUCCAGUUGAUGCAGUGCGGCGCAUCGCGGCUGAACUCAAUUGUGACCCAACAGAUGAAAGGGUUGCUCUCCGCUUGGAUGAGGAAGAUAAACUGAGUCAUUUCAGGGACUGUUUUUAUAUCCCCAAAAUGCGGGACCUGCCUUCAAUUGAUCUAUCUUUAGUGAGUGAGGAUGACGAUGCCAUCUAUUUCCUGGGAAAUUCCCUUGGCCUUCAACCAAAAAUGGUUAGGACAUACCUGGAGGAAGAACUAGAUAAGUGGGCCAAGAUGGGAGCCUAUGGCCAUGAUGUAGGAAAACGCCCUUGGAUUGUAGGGGAUGAGAGUAUUGUAAGCCUUAUGAAGGACAUUGUAGGAGCCCAUGAGAAAGAAAUAGCUCUAAUGAAUGCUUUGACUGUUAAUUUACAUCUCCUGCUGUUAUCAUUCUUUAAACCUACACCAAAGCGGCACAAAAUUCUUCUAGAAGCCAAAGCCUUCCCUUCCGAUCAUUAUGCUAUUGAGUCACAGAUUCAACUUCACGGACUUGAUGUUGAGAAAAGUAUGCGGAUGGUAAAGCCACGAGAGGGGGAAGAGACCUUAAGGAUGGAGGACAUACUGAAAGUGAUCGAGGAGGAAGGAGACUCGAUUGCAGUGAUCCUGUUCAGUGGGCUGCACUUUUAUACUGGACAGCUGUUCAACAUUCCUGCCAUUACACAAGCUGGACAUGCCAAGGGCUGUUUUGUUGGCUUUGACCUAGCACAUGCAGUUGGAAAUGUUGAACUCCGCUUACACGACUGGGGUGUUGACUUUGCCUGCUGGUGUUCCUAUAAGUAUUUAAAUUCAGGAGCUGGAGGUCUGGCUGGUGCCUUCGUCCAUGAGAAACAUGCUCAUACAGUCAAGCCUGCGUUAGUGGGAUGGUUCGGCCAUGAACUCAGUACAAGAUUUAACAUGGAUAACAAACUACAAUUAAUCCCCGGGGCCAAUGGAUUCCGAAUUUCCAACCCUCCCAUUUUGUUGGUCUGCUCCUUGCACGCCAGUUUAGAGGUCUUUCAGCAAGCAACUAUGACUGCGCUGAGGAGAAAAUCCAUUCUGCUAACAGGCUAUCUGGAAUACAUGCUCAAACAUUACUACAGCAAAGAUAACACAGCAAACAAGGAGCCGAUUGUGAACAUAAUCACCCCGACCAGAGCAGAGGAGCGCGGCUGCCAGUUAACGCUCACCUUUUCCAUUCCCAAGAAAAGCGUUUUUAAGGAACUAGAAAAAAGAGGAGUCGUUUGUGACAAGCGAGAACCAGACGGCAUCCGUGUGGCCCCUGUUCCUCUCUAUAAUUCUUUCCAUGAUGUUUAUAAGUUCAUCAGACUGCUCACUUCCAUACUCAACUCUACAGAAAGAAACUAGCCAUGUUUUCUAGCAUAACUCAAGUAAAUCUCACUGAAAGGUGAUGGAGUUUUUACUUCUGUUGAAUUUUAGUCAUUAAAAGUCUCCAGAAAUUGAUUGCACAGAAAUGAGAACUAUAAAAAACUUACAUAAAACCUGGUACAUGUCUUAAUAUCUGUGUUGCUGCAGAAUGUAGUGUCCUGUGAAUUAUGAAGUCACACUUUGCAUGACUACAACCUAUAGAUGAUUGUCUUGAUCAGCUGUCACAUUCCAUGGUCACUGAAACAUUUUCUCUUUAAUUUGUGACUGAAUUUCCAACGUGAUAAUGUAUGUGGACUUCUUGUAUAAAUAUUGGAAGUAUUACUUUAUUUUUGAUAUAGAAAGAAUUUUAUUUUAAUACUUGUAACUGAAUCAUCUGAAAUACAUUUGAUAUCAUAUUUUAUAUAAUUUCAGGAAAAAAACAGACUUUCUAAGCUGUUACAACCUCUCUCUCUCUCUCUCUCUCUCUCUCUCUCUCUCUCUCUCUGUGUGUGUGUGUGUGUGUGUGUGUGUGUGUGUCUUGCACCCAGAGUGGUGUGUGUGUUUGUGUGUUUGUGUGUUUGUGUGUCUGUGUAUAAAGGACCUGUAAGUGCUUAUGCAUAAAGGAUGAGGGUACUUGGCCCUACAUACGUUGUCAGGCCAAGGGCAAAACUGGACAGCUUCCUCAAUCACUUUUUAAACUUUUAUUUAUUUAUUUUUAUGUGUAUGGGUGUUUUGACUACAUGUAUGUCUGUACAUCAUGUGUGUGCCAUGUUUACAGAAACUAGAAGAUGUAUCAGAUCACCUGAGACUAGAGUUACAGAGCUGCUGUGUGGAUACCAGGAAUUGAACCCAGGUCCUUUGGAAGAAUGGUCAAUGCUCUUUUCCUUUGACACAUCUCUCCAGCCCUUCCACUUCAUAUGUCGAUACAUGAUUUCUCACCAAACCUGGAAUUCACUCCUUCAGCUAGUGUGGCUGCCAGUGAGUCUUCAGAGCUUCCCUGUCUCUGCACUACAAUGAAUGCCGGGUUACAGCUGUACAUCGUUGCACAUAGAUUUUUACAUGUCUACUGCUGGGGUCUGAACAUAGUCCUUAUGUCAGUGCAGAAACCACUUCCUCUACCAAGCUGUCCCCGAGCCAUUGCUUUUUUGAUGCCACCUACUAGUAUGCAUUUAUUGGCAAAGUAUUCUAAAUUUGUAUGCAGAAAGAAGAAGUUACAAUGAUUGGUAAACUUGAAUAAAACAUACUCAGUCAGACAGAUACUUUUGAUGUGAUAAAUAAUAAGAUAUGAGACUCUGGAAGUAGCUAACGACAAGCACAGCACUCUUGUUUACCUAGGAAUUCAAUUCCAAGUGUUGCACACAUAUCUUUGUUAACAUAGCAAAGCUUUCCACUGCAUUAUUUCACCUUCAUUAAUGAAGUGGCUAUCAGGACCUGGAACCUCACCCCUAACACAGAUCCCUAUAUGAGACUGUUUUGAGUCUCAAAGUGGUCAACAAAAAGGACAUGGUUUCCAUUUUCAAGGAACAUAGUACCCUAGAGCCAUUCAUCAUGGCAGAAAUAAAAUAAAAUAAAAUAAAAUAAAAUAAAAUAAAAUAAAAUAAAUACUUAAUUAUAACUAGUAGCAUCUCUUGCUGAUGGCCUAGCUGGCGCUCUGUUGCUGGGCUAAACAUUGUGCUUCUUCUUGACACAGGCUAGACUCAUUUGUGAAGAAGGAAGCUCAACUGAGAAAAUGCUGCCACCAGAUUGGCCUGUGAGCAAGACUGUAGUGUAUGUUCUAAAUUAAUGAUUGAUGAGGGAGGGCCCAGCUCACUCGGGCCGAUGCUACUUCUUGAUACCUGGGUCUGGGUGUUAUAAGGCAGUCCAAGAAAGCUAUGAAGAAACAGCCAGUGAACACUAUUCCUCCAUGGCUUCUGUUUUAGUGUCUGCCUCCAGCUUUCUGUUCUGACUUCCUUAGAUGAUGGAUCACAGGCUCUAAGGUGAAACAAGCCAUUUCUUUGCUUUUGGUUGUAAUGUUUUGUUUUGUUUUGUUUUGUUUUGUUUUUAUCACAGCAAUAGACACUUAACCAAGACAAAUGCCAUAACCAAAAAUGACUUAGGGAGGAAGUGGUUUAUUUCGUCUUAUAGGGCAUAGUUCAUUGUUAAAGGAAGCCAGGGCAGGAACUCCAGCAGGUCAGGAGUUUUAGGCAGAAGCCAUGGAGGCACUCUCCUUCCUAGCUUGCUCGCAGGCUUCUGUUCAGCAACCUCUCUUACAGAGAUCCCAGGCCCAGGUAUGAGGUGAUUCACAGUGCCUGGGCCUCCCAUAUCAACUAACAAUCAAGUUAAUACCCAGGGACAUGCCCACAGGCCAAUCUUCUGGAAGUAAUAUCCCAAAUGAAACUCAGAUAAAUCUGGGCUUGUCAAGUUGAAGACUAAAGCUAACUAGCAUAGAGGGUAUGUAGCUGGCACUAUGUAUUGGAAGACUUAAGGCUAUAGCAGGCCUUGCCUUUCCCCCAUCCCCUCUGCCUUGCUAAACUGUUAUAUUACAUUCUGAAAGCUGUCCACCAAGGUCUAUUCCCUUAUUUGGCCACUUCUUCCCCUUGAUGUGAACCACCAAGCAAACCAACUCAUUCUAACACAGAUGUCCCCCUUCCCCUGUAUAAACCUCCAUUUGCCUAUGGGCCAUAUCUGACUCCUCUCUAUUCAUGCGCAGUUCUUUGUCCCCCAAGGACAAAUAUCUCUUUCCCCCUGCCCCCUUCUUCCUUUUCAUUUCUGCCUCAUCCUGUAUCUCUGGUCUUUGUCUCUUAUUGCUGUCUUUUGUCCCUUGGGACAAAAUAAAUCUCCGUUGUGCUGAGAACUUGGUCUCGAUGUGUCCUGGGACAUCCUUUGUUUCACAACGGGCAUGGUUGAGUAAGGUGCUUAUGAACAUGAUUAUAAGAUUACAGUAAAACUAUCUUUUGGAAAUCAUACUAACAUUUUAUCAAAUUGCAAGCAGAAACUAUGGUGGAAAUUCUCACAACCCACAGUGAGGUGGAGUAUUACAAUUCUGUUCCCUUCACUCUCUCCUGAAAGCAUUUUUGUAAAUAGCUUUUCUGUUUUCAAGAGUUUUACAAGAGUUUCAAGAGUUUGUACCCAUGAAAAUGAAUUAAUUUUACUAACAGCUGUAUUUAAAUGUAAUAGCACUGAAUAUACUCAGCUGCUUUUCAUCAACUUUUUUUUGAGAUUCACCUAUUUGAUUUGAUUCCCAUUGCUAUGUAGUAUUCUAUUCUGGUAAUGUUUUGCAAACAUUUAGAGACAAUUUAUAAAUCAACUUUAAGUUUUAAUACAUCUGAUAAUAUUUUCUAGGCAUUUUUAAACGGUAAUUUUUCUUGUACCUUUCUCAUUGAGAAUAUUACAUAUAUAAACUAUAAAUUUUUUCUCCUUUAUAAUCCCACUUCUUUUGUGAGUGCCUGUGUGU